AUGACACCAGACAUCAUCGACUCGUGGGACGAGGUUGAUAAGCUGAGCGAUCUACCCAAGGAAAAACUAUGCUCGGAUUGCCUUGUCAACAAGUAUGCAACCAUGCGGCAGAACGCUUACGGCGUCUACGAUGAGGAGUCUUGGAAGCCUCGCUAUGAUACGAUCGUGAAAACAUGCGGACUUUCCGGCGUGACAACGACAAAGAACACUUCACCCAUUUCCCUCAACGUCACCGAACCGGCCGCAUCUUGUGGAGGAAAGAAAUACGUCACAAAGUCGGGCGAUACCUGCGAUGCAAUUGCGCAAAGCAACCUUGUUUCAUCUGGAAGUCUCUACGACACCAAUCCUGAGCUUAUCGACUGUGCGAAUCCACCUAAUGGCACCGAAUUGUGUCUCCCUCCGUCGUGUGAAAAGUUAUACAAGAUCAAAGCGGGUGACGAUUGUGUCUCAAUUGCCUUGUCCAACAGCAUCUCAUGGCAGCAGCUGGGUAGCUGGAACGGUAUGAUAGAGUGCUCUGGCACCAACAUAUUUGGCGCGAACCCAGCAUGGGGCUCUACAAUAUGUGUUUCACCUCCCGGUGGCACAUUCGUCAACCUGCCCGCAAAUGAGACAAACACGGGCGUCGGUGGUCCAGGCGCAACAGGCGAUGGCUACGGAACACAGUUGGUCGACAUUCCAGCUGGAGCGACUCUUGCCUCGAAAACCACGACCAAGUGUGGACAGUACUAUACCGUCAAGACAGGCGACACGUGCGCCAAUAUUGUGGUUGACUACAAUGUUCCGUCAGAUCUUUUCGUCAAAGCCAAUCCAUCUCUUCGUGCUGCACGCUUGUGCGACGGUCUAUUAGCUGUCGGUCGUACAUACUGUAUUCAUCCGCUCAAAUACUUUGACAUGGACCUUCCCACCGGUUCGCCACCGUUUUCACCUUCGAAUACUGCGUCUACACGUGCUUCACCGUCAAGCGGCACAUGA